AUAAAAAGAUGUGUACAUGAUGAAAGACCUCUCCAAUGUUCAUUUGCCUCAAGUUUCUUCUAACUCCAAGAUUGGAAACUGCUACAUCUCUCUCUAACAAACAACAGUCUAGUCUUUGUCCGUACCAUUUUACUUACUGUCUUUGUCUAUCGCCACUCUCGUCUCUUUUUUAUGCUUCUAUUGUCUCUCUCUCUCUCUUGUUUACUUUCUUCCCCUUUCGUCCUUUCUUCAAACCAAGACAGUUAGGUUUGAGAGAGAGAGAGAGAAUGAUAAGCAAGUACUCUCUUUCUGUCUGAAUAAAAGGAAACAAAUAUGAAUAUGGGUUCCAACUCGGGUCAGGGUCUUGGUCCUGUUCAGGCAGAGUCCGGUGGUUCAUCGAAUGAGUCAUCCUCUUUCAGCGGAGGGCUCAUGUUUGGGCAGAAGAUCUACUUCGAGGACGCUGGAGUUGGGUCUUCUUCCUCCGGCGGGUCAAACAGAAGGGUUCGUGGAGGCGGGUCGGGUCAAUCAAGUCAGAUACCAAGGUGCCAAGUGGAAGGCUGUGGAGUGGAUCUAACCAAUGCAAAGGGCUACUACUUGAGGCACAGAGUUUGUGGAAUGCACUCUAAAACACCUAGAGUCAUUGUUGGUGGUAUCGAACAGAGGUUUUGUCAACAGUGCAGCAGGUUUCAUCAGCUUCAAGAAUUUGACCUAGAGAAAAGGAGUUGCCGUAGGAGACUCGCUGGUCAUAAUGAGCGACGGAGGAAGCCACAGCCUGCGUCUCUCUCAGUGUUGUCUUCUCGUUAUGGGAGGAUAGCACCUUCCCUUUACGGAAAUGCUGAAACUACAAUGAAUGGGAGCUUUCUUGGUUCCCAAGAUAUGAGUUGGACGAGUUCAAGAACGUUGGAUACAAGAGUAAUGAGACGGCCAGUGGCAGCACCAUCAUGGCAGAUCAAUCCAAUGGACGUGUUUAGUCAAGGAUCAGUAAGUGGAGGAGGAGGGAUAAGCUUCUCAUCUCCAGAGAUUAUGGACACUAAACCAGAGAGCUACAAGGGUAUUGGCGGUGAAUCAAACUGUGCUCUCUCUCUUCUGUCAAAUCCACAUCAGCCACAAGACGACGACAACAACAACAACACAUGGAGAACUUCUUCAGGUUUUGGUCCUAUGACGGUUACAAUGGCUCAGCCACCACCUGCACCUAGCCAGCAUCAGUAUCUGAACCCGCCUUGGGUGUUCAAGGACGAUGAUAAUAACUGUCCGAAUGAUAUGUCUCCUGUUUUGAACUUGGCCCGGUUCACCGAGACAGAUACGACAAUGGGUGAGUUCGAGUUAUCUGAUCAUCAUCAACAUCAAAAUAGGAGGCAGUACAUGGAAGAUGAGAACACAAGGGCUUAUGACUCUUCUUCACACCAUAACAACUGGUCUCUCUGAGUCACUUUGCCUCAAAAAGUAGACUACUCUUUGCAAUAUCUCAUUUUUUUCCCUGUUAUUUGCUAUUAUUAAACCAGACAAUGGCUUUUGUUUUUAUUCUUUUGUUGUUGUUCUCUCCUCAACUUAAGAGAUAAUUUUGAGCAUUAUGAUCAUCAAUAUCACAUAAA